AGUAAUGUUUACGAUUGCAGCGAGAUUUUAAUAUAUUAGUGAUUAUAAAUUAAAAUAUGUUAUUUAUGUUAUAGAGAAUGUGUUUUCUAAAACAUUCGAGAAUAUGUGCGUGCCCUCAACCCGUAGUUAUCGUGGAGACAGGAACAGAACCCAUGGGCUCUCCUCCAUUCGUUGAUUGUGGUUUCGCAGGAAAAUGCUGCUGUUGUAUACCGCUGAGAGCAGCAGUUAUAUUAAUUGGACUCAUAACUAUGGUGUGGUCAACAUUACAAAUGCAUGGCGCUGAUAAAACAGCAUCAUAUAUAUUCAACGAGAGAAAAAUACCGUUCAAGUGCACUAAAGUAUUCUUAAUAAUAGUCGCUGUAUUACUAAUGGUGUCGUGUGGGAUACUAUUUAUAGGAAUUGCCAUGCAUAAACAUCUUUAUCUAAACAUAUUCUUGUGGUACGGAUUCAUUUACGACUGUCUGUCUGUCGCCUUGGCCGUUAUGGUGUUUAUAAUUAAAAUUAUGGAGACGGAUAAGAAGUUUCUAAAAUAUACUUUAAGACUCAUACUAGCACUGUCGUGGAAUUCUUUGUUCCUCUAUUUUUUAAUAAUCGUAAACAGUUUCAUGGUGAUUGCAACAUUUUAAAAUCGAAUACGUGAAAAAUUAAGUGCGACAAAGAAAGGUGAAAAACAAACAUUCACAAACUUUACUACUUAGUUUUAAUUAUUGUGGUUAUAACUUAACUGAAUAAGUAAACUUAUACGCAAGACGCAAGACGCUCAAUUGACAUUGACACUGGGACGAGGGGCGAGGUAUCCUAUAUAUUCUGAGAAACAAGAUUAGAAUUGACUUUUAAAAAACAAUU